GAAGCAGUUUGAAAGUUUUCAUCUCUGUUUUCCAAAACAAAUAUUCUUCAUGAAACCCGAUAAAAAUGCAAAAGAACCCAGAGAUUCCGUGCAAAUUGCAUUUGAUUUUAGUGGAGACCGUCCAACGUGUGAUCAUGGACCAAUGCUUCUAUUCGAAAGACAAUCAAUGAUCGGUAGGAGAUUUUUUGCCUGCUCAGCCUAUCGAGAUCGGAAGCUAUGCCCUGCAUACGUUUUGGAAUCAGUGUGGGAAAAUGACAAAAGCAAGGGACAGAAAAUGGCAAAGCAGUCAACUACUCAACUACUUCUGAGGUCUGAGCGUGAGCUAAACCAGAUCAGAGAGAAUAUCCUGAUGAGGCAUGAUCUAAAAAUGAAAGAUAGAGGCUUUUGUCAUUCUUGUGGAGAAAUUUUUGUGACCAUGGGACAACAUGUAAAUCAUAAAGUCACUGCAGCAGUUGGUGAUAAUUUACUAGAUGAACCCUCUAAGAUUUUAGAUCCCUUAGAUCAUUCCAAAAAAGAAGCCCAAUAUUUCUUCUCUGAGGAUUCCAUAAAUGUUAUAUUGGGGCUCCUUCAAGAUGCAAAAGUUAGCCAUGUCCUUUGCAUUUCCUGCCCAACUAUCUUUGAAAAAUUAAAAAGGGACAGCUCUAAGAAAUGCUUGAUGCUUGAUCUGGACGUUAGAUUUCGCCAAUUUUACAGUCCGCAAGAAUAUCUGUUAUACAACAUGUUCAACCAUCACUUUUUUGAUGGGUCUCAAAGUGUUUCAGUCUAUGAACAGUUUUUGAUAGAAGGCAAAAAUAAUUUGGCUGUAGUUAUGGAUCCCCCAUUUGGAGGUAAAGUGGAAGUUAUUUCACAUACUCUGCAGACAAUCGAUGACGAGUACAAGCAUCUGAAUGGGCAGAACGCUUCGGAUAUUUCAAAAUUCUGGAUAUUUCCCUAUUUUAUGGAGUCUCAGAUUGUGUCUAAUCUACCUUCCUUUGCCAUGCUUGACUACAAAGUUGAGUAUACAAACCACAGCCAGUUUCAAAAAGGACCUCAAGGGAGAAAACAAGGGUCUCCAGUCAGAAUAUUUACAAAUGUCAGCCUUCAAAAACUUAAAUUACCUGCCAGGGAAGGAUAUAAGUAUUGCACCUUCUGCAAAAAAUGGAUAAGUCCUGAGAACAGACAUUGCAUGAUCUGUAAUUCUUGCACAUCUAAGGACGGAAGGACUUACGUGCACUGCGACCAAUGCAAAAGAUGUGUGAAACCUACCUGGAUCCACUGUUGGAAAUGUAAACGGUGUGCAUUGGCCGAACAUCCGUGUAUGUUAUUUCAGGAACGUUCUAAAGACACUGCAACAGCAAAGAAAAAAAAAGUCAGCAGCCCGUCUCCAGUUACCGCAAAAUCGACGUCUGAUAACUGGAUUGUAACUGAAUCAAGAAAUACAUAAAUAGAAUUUUA